UUGAUGGCUAAAGAUUACACGGAUAAAUCAACAGUUUUGUGAUGAUAAAUUUGCGAAUCUGCCAAAACCGGAGGAGUACACAGUGUAGUUCUGCGUUGGGAAGUUGUUUAUGUGGAGUGCCUGCAGUGUUGCGCGGACAUGAGAGGCUUUCUGAUCAAAACCGUGCGUAAAACCGCGCGUUGGGCGGCUCAGCAUCACCAUUUAAAACGCACAUUUGUAUUGCACUCCUCCUCGUUUCAGGGAGACAGAGUUUGCAAUGGUGUACAGAGCAAAAAGGCGCUGCUGUCAGAUCCUCAGCUGUUUGACGCGCAGUUUGAGGAGCUGGUGACGGAGCUGACGGAGAGGGACUUGACUGACCCCGCGCUCCAGGACGCACUGCAGAGGCUCAGAGAGGUUUUACUCUAUAAUGCUCCUGGAGGAAAGAGAAACCGAGGGCUGUCUGUGAUUGGCUCGUUAAGAGAGUUUGUCCCGCCCCCUGAGCUCACACAGGACAUAGUACAGCGGGCUCUGUUGGUUGGAUGGUGCAUUGAGCUUCUCCAGGCUUUUUUCCUCGUAGCUGAUGAUAUUAUGGACGGCUCUGUCACUCGAAGAGGGCAGCCCUGUUGGUACAAGAAGGAUGGAAUUGGUCUCGAUGCCAUUAAUGAUGCUUUCCUUCUCGAAGCAUCAAUCUACAGACUUCUCCGAAAAUACUGCAGAGACCAGCCCUAUUAUGUCAACCUUCUCGAGCUGUUUGCAGAGACUUCCUUUCAGACAGAGCUUGGUCAAACUCUGGACCUAAUCUCUGCGCCUCCAGGUCACGUUGACCUCAACAGAUUCACCAUUCAGAGGUAUAAGGCUAUUGUAAAAUAUAAGACUGCAUUCUAUUCAUUUUAUUUGCCAGUGGCUGCAGCUAUGUACAUGGCUGGAAUCACUAGUGAAGAGGAGCACAAUAAUGCCAAACACAUACUACUUGAGAUGGGAGAGUUCUUUCAGAUACAGGAUGACUACCUCGACUGUUAUGGAGACCCGGCUGUUACGGGGAAGAUCGGCACAGACAUCCAGGACAGUAAGUGCAGCUGGCUGGUGGUGACGGCGCUGGAGGUCAUGACCCCGGAGCAGAGAGUCGAGCUGGAGGCGUGUUACGGUCAUCACGAUGAAGCCAGUGUGGAAAAGGUCAAGACACUAUACAACACUCUACAAAUGCCAAAACUGUAUCGCAAAUAUGAAGACGAGAGCUACGAGCGGCUGCAAAAACUCAUCGCUCGCCACGCUGAAAAUCUCCCCCAUGCGGUGUUUCUGAACUUUGCCAAGAAAAUCUACAGGAGAAACAAAUGAAUAAUAGACGUUUUCCCAUAGAUUGUGCAUCAGUAUGGAUAUUGUGUCAAAUUUCAAAGGUUACAAUAUAGGAUCACGUCAUUCCUCUGGCACAAACAAAUCCUGGAAGAUAUAAUUUAGCUGUCAGACUUCUGUCAUGUCUGGACAGGUAUGUUUUUAAUGUGUUAAGUGACAAGCCCUGUGAAUAGAUGGCAUGAGUUGAAUGAUACUACUGACGCUGUUUUAUCAGAACAAGUGUAAUGGCUCGUUAAGUUAUUUUAUGUAACUAUAUUUUUAUAUUGCUGUAGUAUGUUGACAAUUCUGAAUAAAUGAUAAACCACAA